CCCUUAUUCUUCUGAUAUACACACAAAAGUUUGUAAAUCCGAAGAAACCAUGUGUCCUCUCAGGUUCAUUCUUGUAUUCUUGUCGGCAACUCUUGCCGGUUUCUUGGUUCUCAGAAAUUUCAGAUCUCAACCUCACAUCACUAACACUGAGUUGGAUGCAAACAAUGAACACACCCUAACCUUAAAGAAUGCAACUUCCAAGGUUCGUGAUGUAUUGCAAUCUGGAUUCUGGACCUUCCUUGACAUGGCUAGCGGUCGCUAUCUUUGGAGGCACUUAGUCUCUUCCUCUUCCCCAAAUCCUGAAUGAACGGUUCCUAUGGUAUAUAUUUGCUUUUAAUGGUGAUAAUAAGCAUAACUUAGCUGCAAUAGCACUACUUACUGUCCACUCUUUAACACGUGGUUUAGACUUAUAAGUAAUUGCUUGUUCUAAAUGGAAUACCAAUAUGGUGUAAUUGAUUGACAAAUAACCAUGUUUCUUACUCACUGUGUGUCUUGCUCACUAUGAAUUUAGCAGAACAACUAUUUCAAUAAAAGAGUAUUUUGCAGAUUAGUUUGAGUUUUUGGAAUGAAAAUAUCUCAGUUCACGAAAAUGUUGUGAAUUAAGUACGGUUCUCCUCCCUUAGAAACUGCUCUUCUUUUCUUAUGUUUUAUUUUCAAGAAAUUAGAGACUGAAAUGAGAAUUUCAAAGAGUAGAAGACUAAAGUGAUCAAUCUUUACGAGACUAGCGGGGUUCUACAAGGAUAACCCACCACCAAUUGAUAAUGCAACACGCUUCACCUGCUCCAAAGAAAAUAUCUUAGUCUUAAAAUUCUUCAUACAAGGCAAGUAUAGGCUUUUGAACCUUUUUCUUCAAUAAUUUGGAACUGAUUUAAAAUGCUACCAGGAUACUUUUGCUGUGAGGAGUAUAUUGUCUUUAUUUGAUUUGGUUUUGGAAGAGUAUAAUUCAGAUUCCUGGUUGUAGACAAUAUAAAACCUAAGACUUUUUAAAAAAAAAAUGGUAAUUUAUAAUCUGUGAUAAAGAUGAUUUUAUCCCAACAUUUUUUUUAAAUUAAUUGUUUGUGAAAAUCAGUUCUAGACAUAGAAGAGUGACAAGGUAUGUUUUUGGGUUAAUGUGUUGAGGUUG